AUGGAUAGUGCGUUAGUAUUGGGACUUGGCUCUGGCAGUGGAAUUACAGAGGAUCUCAUUCGGAAAAGAGCAGAGCAUAAUGCCUGUGAAAUAUAUUCGCUAGAAGAGCUGUCAUUGCACCAACAGGACAUAGAGAGAAUUGAACAUAUUGACAAAUGGUGCAGAGAGCUGAAGAUUCUUUUGCUACAAAGCAAUCUGAUUUCAAAAAUUGAACAUGUGGGUCGCCUGAAAAAGCUUGAGUACCUGAACUUAGCACUCAAUAACAUCACAAUGAUUGAAAAUCUAGAAGGGUGUGAAUCAUUGAAAAAGUUGGAUUUCACUAUCAACUUCAUAGAGAAACUAACCAGUGUAGAGAGUCUAAAGUCUAACAUAUUCUUAGAAGAACUGUUUCUAACCGGUAAUCCAUGCACCGAUUACGAAGGAUACAGAGAGUAUGUGGUGGCUACUCUUCCAUGUCUUAAGUGGCUUGAUGGACAAGAGGUGAAUAGGUCGGAGAGGAUUGCUGCAUGCCAGCUGUAUGAAACAAUAAGAGGAAACAUUCUCUCCCAAGAGCAGAACUGCUCCCUCAAGAAGGAGCGGCAGUGCAGCGUGGCAGGCAAGGAGGGAAGUGUGGAAAAGGAGAGGAAGACUGGCUUUGAUGGACGCUGGUACACGGACAUCAACACAUCGGUGUCAUCCUCAAAGGAGGAGAAGAAAAGUUGUCUGGCUGCUACCACUGCAUCUGAAUCGAACGAUGGUGAGGCAAAGCAUGAUCUUAAGGAAGAUAGCGAUUUUUGGACAAGACCGGAGGCCUUUACCCCACAAAGUCGGGUGGAAACUCACAAACACUUGCAGAAGAUGAGGGACAAGGAUGUCAAAGUCCAAAACGAUGAGCAUCCCCUAUACAAAGCAAAGCUAGUAAGAGCUGAUGGGAGCAGAUUGAAUAUUAACGAAGCAAAAGUGGACUUCCACCUGUUGGAUGACGAAGAUUCAGGAAAACUGGUACUUGACAUUGCAGUGUACAGGUACAUGGACACAUCUCUGUUGGACAUUGACGUGAACCCAACAUACUGCAAAGUUCUCAUUAAGGGUAUGGUCCUCCAGCUGGUCCUUCCAGAAGAAAUCCUGCCAGAUUCAAGCUCUGCACUAAGGUCCCAGACAACAGGUCAUCUGGUCAUAUCAAUGGUCAAGGCAAGAGGCAGAACAAUUAAACCUAAGUGUCAGCACAGACCAAUGGAAAAACCAGCCACACAAACACAGGGCUCACAAAGUCCAAUCAACAGAAGCAGAGGCUACGUCGAGAGACUUGAGGUUGAUGAGCAGCGCCACCUUCAGGUCGAUUACAAAAACAUCGUCACAUCCAAGACACCAAAUCUGCUGCCACUUGGUUCGCGAUCGACGACAACGUCACGUGACCCUCCCCCCUGCAGUAAGGAUUUCACUGACAACCCUGAAGUUCCGCCUUUGAUAUAGCCUGCGUGGAGCUUUUGACAUGAAGCUAAGUUAUUGGCAUUUAUUAUAUUAUCAGGAGUAUUUAUUUAUAUGAAAGUGUUCAUAAAUAAUAGUACGCAGUAAAAUUUACUCCCAUACUCAACUAAUCAUUUGUAGCUGGUAAAAAAGUUAUUAUUAAUUUAUAACUCCAAUAAAGGACCAAUUAGCAAAUGAAAAGCUGCGUAAUGAUCAAUGAUACAGAAUAUGUUUUAGGUGACCUGUUACAUGGUUUGUGUAGUCGGUAAUAUACAGAGUGAUGAAUAUGUAACGAGGUGCAUGAAAUAUUUUUGGGUAAUCUCUUACAGUGUUUAUAUAGGUUCUGUAUAUAGUAACGCAUUUAAUAAAA